AUGGGCGCCAUCAUGUACAACCUAUGGACUUCGGAGACAUCAGGUCCGAGGCUGGCCACACGUCUCUUGGACGCUAUCAUCGCUAUCGUCGGUAUCAUUUGCAUAGCUACCGGAAGCCGAUACCCCGUUUAUGGGUCCAUCUGUUAUAUUAUCCUUGGAAUUGCAGCUCUUUUGUCUCUGAUAAUCUCGGCUUUCAUCUAUUCUCAAAAGCUAUUCCAUCCAGGAUUUCUCAUUCUUCCUGACUUCGCUCUUGCGGCCGUUCACUGGAUUUUCGGAAUAUCUUACGCUCUAAGCGCAAACUUUUCACAGCGAGGGGGCGUGAUAAUUGCUGUCUUUUUGCUGAUAGUGGCGGUUCUACAUACACUAUUCUUCGUUUCUGUGUGCCGCGAUACGCAUGUUCGAAGACAGAGGUCGAAUCCCACCGCCAGAACCAAAAAUGAAGCGGAGAUGGAUGUCUAG